GAGUCCGUCAAGGUCGUGGUGAGAUGUCGCCCCUUCAGCGAGAAGGAAAAGAACGAAGGGCACUUCAAUAUCAUCACCAUGGACAAGCGCACGGCUACGGUCUGCAUUCAAGAUCCUCGGGUUCUCGGCACCGACGGCACCCAAAACAAAGGCGCAAUCGAGCCACCGAAAUCCUUCACAUUCGACUCGGUCUUUGACUCGGGCUGCGAGCAGCUCGAGGUCUACAAUACAACAGCUCGCCCGAUCGUCGAAUCGGUGCUUUCGGGGUACAACGGGACGAUUUUUGCCUAUGGCCAGACGGGAACGGGCAAGACCUUCUCGAUGGAGGGAGUUCGUGAUAACCCCAAGCUCCGCGGCAUCAUCCCCAACUCGUUCGAGCACAUCUUUUCGCACAUCAAAACCAGUCCCACCAACACGCAGUACCUCGUGCGGGCGUCCUAUCUCGAGAUCUACAACGAAGAGAUCCGAGACUUACUCAAUCCCAAGGCCGGAAAGCUCGAGGUCAAGGAGCGCGCCGAUAUCGGUGUCUAUGUCAAGGACCUGCGAACCUUUGUCGUCAAAGACGUCGAGGAAAUGGACCGCCUCAUGUCCUUUGGAAACAAGAACCGCAGUGUCGGAGCGACCCAGAUGAAUGAGCGCAGUUCACGCAGUCACUCGAUCUUCACGAUCACUGUUGAGACGUCCGAGGUCGGCACCGAGAAGGAGGACCACAUCAAGGCCGGCAAGCUGCACCUGGUUGACUUGGCUGGCUCGGAGCGACAGACCAAAACAGGCGCCACAGGCGAUCGCUUGAAGGAGGCAACCAAGAUCAACCUGUCGCUCUCGGCGCUUGGCAAUGUCAUCUCGGCUUUGGUCGACGGCAAGUCGUCGCAUAUUCCAUACCGAGAUUCGAAGCUGACACGGCUGCUUCAAGAUUCGCUUGGUGGCAACGCCCGGACACUGAUGCUGGCCACGCUGAGCCCGGCCAGCUACAACUAUGACGAGUCUUUGUCGACUCUGCGGUAUGCCAACCGGGCCAAGAACAUCAAGAACAAGCCCAAGGUCAACGAGGACCCCAAGGACGCCAUGUUGCGCGAGUUCCAAGAGGAAAUCAAGCGCCUCAAGGCACAGCUGGAAGCAACAGAGAACGGGGAGAUGGGCGACCCAGUCAUCCAGGAGAUUGAGGAGAUCGAGGAGGAAAUGCAGGCCAUGGUGGAGGCCGAGAAGCAGAGCAUCCUCAAGUCCAAGGAUCUAGAGGAGGCCGAGCGCAACCGCCUCCUGGAUGAGGCCGAGAAGCGUGCCCAGGAGCUCGAGACCGAGCGCAACCAGCGCUCGCAGCUCUCCGCCAAGCUUGCCCAGCUGGAGCAGAAGCUGCUCGUUGGUGGCGUCAAUAUUAUCGACAAGAAUGAAGAGCAGAAACAGCUCCUGGCCAAGCAAGCAUCCGAGCUCGAAGAGCAGGCUCGGAAGGAGCGUGAGCUGCAGCGCGAGCUUGAGGAGCAUGAGGAGACCAAUCUCCAAAUCGAGGAAGAGUACGCAUCACUGCAGGAAGAGGCCGCUGCCAAGACUCGCAAGCUCAAGAAGCUGUGGGCCCUCAUCCAGAGCGACAAGAGCGAAAUCAAGGACCUGCAGGAGGAGCACCAGCGCACCCGUGAGAGUCUGCUGGAGACCAUCAGGGACCUGACCCGCGAGCUGAAGCUCCAGAUGCUCAUCAUCAACAGCUUUGUCCCAGACGACGAACAGAACCUGAUUGAAGAGUGCGCCGAGUAUGACGAGUCGGCCGACAAGUGGCGGAUCGCCCACAUUGCCCACGCCGGCAACAACAUUCGCGGCAAGCGGUCACUAGUGUCGGGCCAGCUCCUGGGAUUCCACCGCGAAGGACAUGCCGACGCUUUGGACAACACAGAUAUGGAGCCUUGGGACCCGUUGUGUGUGUUUCCGGACGUUUACCUUUCAUACGAUGUCCCUACAGUGCCAUCGCCCAAGAAGCGGACGGAGCGUAAGAAGAAUAGCGCUUCGCAAGGCAAUCGACGUCCCGUCCGCUCCGGAAGCGAGGCCGCGAAGCGAUCGCCCACCAAGUCGUCGAGCACCAUCAGCUCGGGAAGCGGGCUGCGAUCGAGUUCGACCCUGACGGCAGACACAGCUGGCUCGGCGGUGUCGAACCCCGACUCGAGCAACAGUACUCCUGCGGCCCGGGGUUUGGUAUCCAAGACAAAGCACUAUGCCUGAUGAACUUUACGGAUGCAUCUCCCACACGAGGAGACAGAGCACUCUUGUUUCGGAGGACACUGACAGCCUGAUGGUCUGCCCCGAAUAUAUUCACGCUUGUCGACAGCGGGGAGGCAAGGUGAAGGCAUGCGCCGAGGGCAAGACAUGUGCUGCCGAGUGCAAGACAUGUGCUGUCGAGUGCAAGACAUGUGCUGUCGAGGGCAAGACAUGUGCUGUCGAGUGCAAGACAUGUGCUGUCGAGUGCUUUGAAUCGCAGGCCCGGUUGCUGCACGAAGCCAUAGUGCCAGUAUCGCAUGGCCGGUGAAUGUGGGCGAACCCCGUCUGGAGGAAGGGUGCAGCAGGGGGUCGUGGGAGCCGCGAUGCAUUCAAUCGCGGCCGCUGGCCAGGG